AUGGACGAAAUGAAGAAGACUGCUGUCCAGCUGCCCAGAGGUCGGCAGAGGCCUAUAAAGACUGAAUGGAAUUCCCGGUGUGUCAUUUUCACCUACUUCCAAGGGGACAUCAGCAGUGUAGUGGAUGAGCACUUCUCCAGAGCUCUGCGCAAUAUCAAGAGGCCUCCAGCACUGAACCCCUCAAGGCAGCAUGAAGAUGUGAUCCUAAGGAAUGAUAGUGGCAUGCCUCCAAACCAUUGGCGUUUCUCUUCUCUAUGGACAAAGCCACAGUCAGAAGCAUCUCUUGCAAAUGGUGCCACCAGCAGCAGCUUGAAUGUGUCUGAUCCUGGGACCAUGGACCAGUACCCGCUAUCCCUGUCUGAGACCCCCUCUGCACGGCCUGAGGAGCUGUGGCAUUACUCCUCCCUAGCCAGCCAGGGCUCCCCAGAGCCUCACUACUCUCAUGCCUUUCCUGAUGGGCACCUGGCUCCAGAGCCCCAGGCUGACAGGAAACGUGAGCCCCUCCUAAGUCUCCUCCAGCAGGAUACAUGUGUAAACCAUCCUCAGGAGCCUGCCAUGAGGGAGGAUUGCAACCCUGACCAGAUAGUGGGGAGUCCAGGAUUGUUCCUCAGCCUGCCUCCCAGCUCAGCCCACUGUAAGAAAAUAUAUGCCUCCCCUCAUGGUGGACCUGCCAAUCCUAGCCUUGGAAAUGAAA